AGAUGAUAUUACCAAAUCUUGUUUCAUAUACUGUUCUUUUUUUCCUAAGGAAUAUGAAAUUAGAAAAGACGAGCUUAUAGAACAUUGGAUUGGGGAAGGGUUUUUUGAUGGUAAGGACACAUAUGAAGCACGAAGACGAGGACACAAAAUCAUUGAAGACCUAAAGAAUGCAAGCUUGUUAGAGGAGGGUGAUGGAUUUAAAGAAUGUAUCAAGAUGCACGAUGUGAUACACGACAUGGCUCUAUGGAUAGGUCAAGAAUGUGGAAAAAAGAUGAACAAGAUUUUGGUGUGUGAAUCUCUUGGGCAUGUUGAGGCUGAGAGGGUCACCAGCUGGAAGGAGGCAGAAAGGAUAUCAUUGUGGGGAUGGAAUAUUGAGAAACUCCCAGAAACACCAGAUUGCUCUAAUCUCCAGACUCUCUUUGUGAGGGAGUGCAUUCAAUUGAAGACGUUUCCAAGAGGAUUCUUCCAAUUCAUGCCUCUCAUAAGAGUUCUAGAUUUGUCAGCCACUCAUUGUUUAACUGAGUUACCUGAUGGGAUUGACAGAUUAAUGAACUUGGAAUACAUUAAUCUUUCAAUGACACAAGUUAAAGAGUUGCCGAUUGAGAUCAUGAAGUUGACAAAACUGAGGUGCUUGUUACUUGAUGGUAUGCUUCCACUUCUAAUUCCCCCACAUUUGAUAUCUAGUCUUUCGUCAUUACAAUUGUUCAGUAUGUAUGAUGGAAAUGCUUUAUCUGCAUUUCGCACCACCUUAUUGGAGGAAUUGGAGUCCAUAGAAGCUAUGGAUGAGUUAUCUCUCUCCUUCCGUAAUGUUGCUGCUCUCAAUAAAUUACUGAACUCCUACAAGUUACAAAGGUGCAUAAGAAGAUUAAGUAUACAUGACUGCAGAGAUUUCUUGUUGCUUGAGCUAUCUUCAAUAUCUCUGAACUAUUUGGAGACUCUUGCUAUAUUCAAUUGUCUUCAAUUGGAAGAAAUGAAAAUUAGUAUGGAAAAACAGGGAGGCAAAGGAUUGGAACAAUCAUAUGAUACCCCCAACCCUCAGUUGAUAGCGAGAAGCAACCAACACUUCCGCAGUCUUCGUGAUGUCAAGAUUUGGAGUUGUCCAAAACUGUUGAACUUGACCUGGCUUAUUUAUGCUGCAUGCCUUCAGUCACUUAGUGUUCAAUCCUGUGAAUCCAUGAAAGAAGUGAUAAGUAUUGACUAUGUAACUUCAAGUACACAGCACGCCAGCAUAUUCACAAGGCUCACAUCUCUAGUAUUAGGUGGUAUGCCAAUGCUAGAGAGCAUCUAUCAGGGGGCACUGCUCUUCCCCUCAUUGGAAAUAAUCUCAGUGAUCAAUUGCCCGAGGCUAAGAAGGCUCCCAAUCGAUUCAAACAGUGCCACCAAGAGCUUAAAGAAAAUUGAAGGAGAUCUAACCUGGUGGGGAAGGUUGGAAUGGGAGGAUGAAUCUGUGGCGGAGAAUUUCACCAACUAUUUUUCCCCACGAUACUUGGCUGACUCAGGUAUCAAGCUUUGAUGCUUUGUUUUUAAAUGCUGUAGGAGAUCGAAAAUUUUACACUUUAAUUAUUAAAUAUCUCUGUGAGGGAAAGAAGAAAAUGGUGGUAGAAGGUUCAACCUCAAGUGCAGCCACCUAAACACAGCUUGUCAAGCGCAGAAGUUAAAACUCAUGAGGGACCAGGAUGAGUGUUUGAAGUGUGAUGGAAUAAAGCUAUUUGCAUAUGCUUUGGUACUGAGUGGUGGGUAGGAGAUAACAUCAAAUGUUGUAUUAUUUGUUGUUUGCUUGUGUGAGACUAUUUUUUGUAAACUCUAAGUGGUGUAGUGGAGUUGUAUAUGCUGCUCAAAAGGCAUCACUUUGCAGGUGUUGCUGAUUUGGUGUAGAUCAUGCCUGUCCUAAGAUUGAUGGUUCCAUAGGUUGUGUUUCCAAUUUAAUGUAUUUCUCUAAAGAAA